AUGAGAUUGUCAUUAUUUCUAGGCAUAACUGGUUCUGCAUUUGCUCUUGAAGAAGAUAAACUUGGUUGGAUCGGCCAAAUAAAAAAGUCGUUCCUAGAAGAACUGCCUCAAUAUGGAGAGGACGAUGUACCAGGAAAAUUGGAGUACCACAGAGAGGCAACUUCGAUGAGAAGACCGACUUGGGCACACUGGUCGGAGUGGGGCGAAUGCUACAGAGAGUCAAAUACGUGGUGUUUGGGCUGGCACGCCCGGCGACGUGAUUGCUACGGUCCAAGUGGCAUUGUUUCGUUUGAUAAGGUACUAUCGGAAGAAUAUGAAGGAGUGCUAUUCGAUCAAGAUACAGUUUGCGGCGCCCCUCGAAAAUCGUUCAGCUGGUCAAAUGAAGUUAUUGAAGGGCCCAUUCGAACGUGGGAAAAUAAAACUUGCCACGAUAGAGUCUGCAUGAUCGCGUACACACAAAUUCCUCUAUGGGGAGUUGUUUCCAUCGCGAUGGCAAUUGGCGUUGUUUGGGAAAUCGUCGAAACUAUGAAGCGAUAUUACCGUUAUAAGUACGAGGGACGUCCGGGUCAUCCCUACGCAAAUAUGGGAAAAGCGAUUCUCUACAAAUUUCUGCCCUGUCUGAAGCCGACGCCGAAAUAUUGA